AUGCAGAGGAACUUGAAGCCUGUGUGGAUUGCGGAGGUGAUGUUUGAAGAGGGUGAUCGUAUUGGGGAAAUGAUGGGUUAUAUCUCAAUUUCGCAUUUGUUUGUGUUGGGUGGGUUAUGUGCCAUCAUCCUCUUUUGUCAAGACCCCUUCACGAUGUGUGUAUUACUCACACUCUUCGUUAAUGAAGGAAUUAGUCUUGUUCUCAAGCGUGUUUUUAAUUGUGAAAGACCACCACUAUCGCUACAUAAUGGAAAAGGGUUUCCAUCAUCACACACGCAAUUUUGGAGCUGUUUUUUACUACUUUUGCAGUAUUAUAUCAACUCACAGAAAAGGUUAACACAGAGAGCAAAGAACUUAUUUCUUUGUGCAAAUUGUUUUGUUUUGAUAUUAGUCAAUUACUCAAGAUGGUAUUUGAAUGAUCAUUAUAUGUAUCAAUUACUUGCCGGAGAUAUUUGUGGUGUUUUAAUUGGGUGGGUUGCACUUUAUUCAAAAAAUUUGGUUGUUGAAUGGUUGGGAAAGGCAAAGUGUUUUGUAUUCAACUCUAUGAAAAGCGUCGGACUAUUGACAAAUAAAGAAAACUAA